AUUAGAGUGGGAGACAACGUGUGCACUCUCACAUGCACACACACUCCACUCUCUCUCUCACACACACACACACACUCAUGUACAGGGAGUGUGUGUCAUGCUGGCAGUGUGUGGGCUGAACCUAGCAGCCCUCCACUCAUCCUGCCUCUCCCUCUUCUUCUUCUCGUCCCCUUCGUCUCCAGAUUCUCCUCCUCUUCCUCCUCUUUUUUCCAUCUCCUCUCGCUGUCCUCUGUUCCUCUCCAUCACCCGUUCUUCUCAGUUUCUCAUCAUGAAGAGCAGCUCGCAGGCCUGGGAUGGGCAGGGCAGCUCUCUGAAAGCAGUCUGAACCUCUGAGACCUGUUUUAGGAUAACUCGAGAAAAUACCUGGACUCAUUCUACCAGUCAGUGGAAUGUCUCUGUCCUUCCUCACGUCUUACCAUCAAAACCGCCUCUGGAGUCUGUUCUUCCACUCCCAAACGACCAAAAUCCAGAAACGCCAGAACCUGAACCACCACCUCUGACCAGACCAGAACCCCGUCGGAUCGAGGAGUGCAUUGAGCCAAAAGAGGAACGUCGAACUUGGUUAAGACCAGUGGAAAAGUUUGAUGGGAGUGCUGACGAUAGGGCUGAGCAUGUGAUGCUCUCCUGGCGGUGUACUGACACUUCUCAUCCAACCUGAUGGAGCUUGAGAGGAGCUUCAAAGAGGAGCGGGCCAAACUGGCCAAAGACAGCCCCAUGCCUCUGAGUCCGACUGCUGACACCAAACAUGAUCGCCCGCGACAACAGGCGGUCACUAACGGCAACCCAACAGGCUCUGCUGUCGCCAGGGACGAUGACGUGGAUGACACGCCCCCUGGAAACAGCAUCGUGGUCCGUAUCGGCAUCCCGGACCUGCAGCAGACGAAGUGUUUGCGGUUCGACCCAGAGUUGCCAGUUUGGACCAGUAAGCAGAGGGUUCUGGUGACGUUGACUCAGUCUCUGUCGGAUGUUUUGAACUAUGGUCUCUUCCAGCCGGCGUUCAACGGCCGAGCAGGAAAGUUUCUGGAUGAGGAGCGACUUCUGAAGGAGUACCCUCUUCCCCCCAUCACCCCCAUCCCGUACCUGGAGUUUCGCUAUAAGAGGAGAGUUUACACUCAGAGCUAUGUGGACGACAAACAGCUGGCCAAGCUGCACACAAAGGCCAAUCUGAAGCGAUUUAUGGAGCAUGUUCACCAGAAGAAUGUGGAGAAGGUGGCCAAAUGGUUGGAAAAAGGUCUGGACCCAAACUUCCACGACUCGGACAGCGGAGAGUGUCCCCUGACCCUGGCCGUCCAGCUGGAGGACAGCUGUGAGCUCAUUAAAGUCCUGCGUAGUGGAGGAGCUCACCUGGACUUCAGGACCAGAGAUGGCAUCACGGCUCUGCACCGGGCCGUCCUGUGCAGGAACAGCGCUGCGCUCACGACUCUGCUGGAUCUCGGAGCGUCUCCGGACUACAAGGACAGCCGAGGUCUCACUCCACUCUACCAUUCAGCCAUGGUGGGCGGAGCUCCCUACUGCUGCGAGCUGCUGCUGCAGGACCACGCCAACAUAGGGAUAACUGAUGAGAACGGGUGGCAGGAAAUCCACCAGGCGUGUCGCUAUGGUAACGUUCAGCACUUGGAGCACCUGCUAUUCUAUGGUGCAGAUAUGAGUUCCCAGAAUGCUUCAGGAAACACUGCACUGCACCUGUGUGCUCUGUACAAUCAGGACAGCUGUGCUCGGGUUCUGUUGUUCCGAGGAGCCAACAAGGACAUCAAGAACUACAACAACCAGACGGCCUUCCAGGUGGCGAUCAUCGCAGGGAACUUUGAACUGGCUGAAAUCAUAAAAAUCCACAAACAAUCGGACGUUGCAGUUCCCUUCAGAGAAACGCCGUCCUACACCAAGCGCCGUCGGGCCGGCGCCACCAGGGCAGCAGCAGGAAAUGGCCUGUCGUCUCCCCGCUCCCUGAUCCGGUCAGCCAGCGACAAUGCCCUAGAGAGCCCCGCCUCCUCACCUGGCCCCUCCCUCCAGAGCCUGGAGACCCACCACGACACUCACACACACUCGCUGAGACGACACACACGGCGUCUCAGUCCGAGUGGGGGGGGCCAUGUGGAGACCAGCCCUCCCUCCUCACCCCCCCUCACCCCACAGAUGAGGAAGAGGAGGCUAUACAGCGCCGUACCGGGACGGACCUUCAUCGCCACGCGGUCCCACGUUCCCCAGGGGUCCGGAGAGAUCCAGCUGCACAGAGGGGAGAGGGUGAAGGUGCUGUCCAUCGGUGAAGGAGGCUUCUGGGAGGGAACUGUUAAAGGCAGAACCGGCUGGUUCCCUGCUGACUGUGUCGAGGAGGUCCAGAUGAGACAGUAUGACCCACGACUGGAGACCAGAGAGGACCGAACCAAGAGACUGUUCAGACACUACACCGUCGGCUCGUAUGACAACUACACCUCCUACAGCGACUACGUGAUCGAGGAGAAAACAGCGGUGCUGCAGAAGAGAGAGAGCGAGGGCUUUGGCUUCGUCCUCCGAGGAGCUAAAGCUGAGACGCCCAUCGAGGAGUUUGCCCCCACACCUGCCUUUCCAGCCCUCCAGUACCUGGAGUCUGUUGACCAGGGAGGCGUUGCCUGGAGGGCGGGGCUACGGACUGGAGACUUCCUUAUAGAGGUGAACGGGGCCGACGUGGUGAAGGUGGGUCACCGACAGGUCGUCUCUCUGAUCCGACAAGGAGGUAGCGGUCUGCUGAUGAAGGUCGUGUCCGUUUCCAGGAAGUCAGAAACCAACCUGCUCAGGAAGAAAGCUCCGCCCCCUCCAAAACGGGCCCCCAGCACCUCACUGACGCUCCGAUCCAAGUCCAUGACCGCCGACCUGGAGGAUAUAGCCAGGAGGCGGCGCUUUGAGAAACUGGACGAGAUGCUAGCUGGAGGUCAACAGGAAGUAGUUCUCAGAGGUCGCCCCACAGACGACUUCAGAGCAGCGACGGUCAAACAGCGACCGACCAGUCGGCGGAUCACACAGGCAGAGAUUAACUCGCUGUUUGAGCGUCAGGGUUUGGUCCCUCCCUCCGCGCCAGAGAAGAGCACCAUGGCUUUACCCAGAGGGAUGUCCAGAACCAAGAGCUUUGGCACACCAGAGGAUGACAGGAUCACCGCUCUGAUUAACGAGAGUCGGUUUCCACGGAGCUCCUCACUAACAGAUGGCACCAUCCCACCACCUCCUCAGACAGCUCCACCCCCGCCUCCUUCUGCCUCCUCCCUCUCCUCACUUUUCCUUCUCGACUCAGGCCCUCCUCCGUCUUUCCUUCCUCCUCCUCCCCCAGCUCGAGGGGAAGGACUGAGUCGCUCCAGCUUCAAGCCGGGGGCGGAGCCAAGGCUGCAGGAGCUCUCCGAUUUGAGAAGUCAUGCCCACGCAGAGCGGCAGAGAAAAGCCAGAUCUAUGAUCAUCCUGCAGGACACACCUCCACCACCCCUUCAGCCUGACACGCAUGCCUCUGCUGCUGCACACACACUUCACACCGCCACACAGACCUCCACGCUGUCCAUCCACAGCACCAGCCCUGCCCUCGGACAUUCGCCACUGUCACGCCGGCGUGGACGACCAAUAGAAAACCCCUAUGCCAACGUGGGACAGCAGGCUCCGCCCACGAAGCCUCAGAGGAGGAAGUCACCCUUGUUGAAACAACUUCCUGUUGAGGAACAGGGUCUCGGAAUCAGAGAUCACGAUUCUUCCAAGUUGGAUGGAGGCGGACUCUCAAGCCACAGCAGGGCGGAGCUGUACCAGCAACAGGUUCUUUCUGAGCGCGCUCGGGUUCAGGGCCGCCGCUCUUCUCUCUUCCUGUCUGUGGAGGGUUCGGGGUCCGACAGUCAGACGCCGCUGCUGCUGACUCAGAGCCAUUCGAUGGAUGACCUGGGCGAGCUGCCUCCUCCGGCCCCGGUCCUGUCGCCGUCACCGACGCCUCACACCUUCCUCCACCCGCUGACGGGAAAACCUCUAGACCCAUCGUCUCCGCUUGCUUUGGCUCUCGCUGCGAGAGAACGAGCGCUCACCGCCCGAACACCAAGCCCAGAACCUCGAACAAAACACACCUCAGCCUCCACCACACCUGUUCCCACCCCAGCUGCCAGUCCUGAGGCAAGACACAAGCGCAGCACCUACACCACCCCACAGAGUAGUCCUGAGCCACGAUCCAAGCGCACCUCCCCCCACACCAGCCCGGAGCAGCGCACCAAACACACGACUCCUCAAACCAGCCCUGAGCUGCGGCACAAACGCGUCACACCGCCGCUGUUCCCCGAUGGACAGGUGGAGCGACCUGAAACUGAGGGAGGAGUGACGUCACCUGCUGCUCCCUCUCCAGAACGAUGGAGACCCUCCCCCUUACCAGCGUUGGCCAAUGAGAGCCAUUCGGCUCUGAUCGACAGACGAAGAAGCCUUACAGUGGGCAGCUCAGAGGAAGAGGAUAGGGCUUACACUGUGACCCUCCCACCUGCUCUGUUGUCAUCCAGCGAUGAGGAAACCAGGGAGGAGCUACGAAGAAUUGGUCUGGUGACUCCUCCCCCUGCCUUUGCCAGCCCCCCCGCCCUUCCUCCCCCACCCACCCUCACCUUGUUGCCACGGCGAGGAGGGGAGGGAGGAGGAGAGAACUGUCCUGAAUCCCUUGGGAGGCAAGGAGACGAGGAGGAAGGAAGCGAGGAACGUCUCCAUGACAGCUCCUCAUCCCCCAGCUCACUCCCUCCCUCGAUCACUUUGGCUUCCCCUCCUGCUCCAACCUCCCCCUCCUCCCCACCUGCGACUCACCCAUCUCCCUCAUCAGUGGUCACUUCACCCUCUGGGCUGAAGCCUCGCCUUCGGUCGCCAAUCGGUCGAGGCCGUUCGGCACUUCGGGACCCCUUACUGAAGCAAUCAUCAGACAGCGAGCUCCUCCCCUCUGCUGUGUCCUCGUCCUCCCUGUCCUCCCCUCUCUGCUCCUCUCCCACCAGCGGCAGCAGCCGGCAGCCUCGCUAUCUGUUCCAGAGAAGGUCCAAGCUGUGGGGGGGCGGGGAUGAUGAUCGGCGAGGUCUGAGUCCAGAGGACGGGCGACCUGCGGCGCUGGGAGGACAGGUGUCCGGGUCAGCUGUAGAUCUGACGAGCCGCUCUGCGCUAGAGCUGAGCGGCCGGGCCGGGUCUGGACUCGAUCUGGCUAACAGACUGCAGCUGCUCAACAAAGACAGCCACUCUUUGGGGGAGGAGCCAAGUCCCCUGGACCCGGGCCGGAGGUCCCCAGUGGGAGGCGCCAGGUUGUUCUCCAGCCUCGGGGAACUCCACACCAUCUCACAGCGAGGAUACGGCGCCAGUUACACAGUACGACCAGGAAGUCGCUACCCCGUCACCCGCCGCAGCCCCUCACCUUCUCCCUCCCCCUCUGACCGAUCUAUGGGGCUCGCCUCCUCCCCCACCACCUGCCCCGAACGCCCAGAUCUGAGCUCAGGUCGAGCUCUCACCAUCCUGAAGUCAUCCAGCCUCAGUCUCCCAUCUGAACCAAAGGAGGUUCGCUUUGUUAUGAGAAGCGCCAGUGCACGAACCAGAUCCCGUUCUCCUUCUCCUUCACCCCACGCCUCGCCCUGCCCCUCCCCGGUCCUUAGCGGGCCCCUGUUGGCCCUUCGGCCUUGGAGGCAGCGGCCAAUCAACCUGUGGAAUAAAUAUGAUGUGGGUGAUUGGUUGGAGAGCUUGGGCCUGGCCGAACACCGCCAGCGCUUCCAGGAGCACGAGAUCGAAGGCUCCCACCUCCCCGCCCUCACCAAGGAGGACUACAUGGAGCUCGGAGUCACCCGGUUGGGACACAGAAUCAACAUCGAGAGGGCUCUCAGACAGCUGCUGGAUGGUUCCACUUGA